GGACGCCUGGAAGCGGUAACUUAAGCGAUCCUCAUUUCUCUCUGCCUUCGCAUCUCCUGACUUGCCCAAGGUUCUCCCUCCAUCGAAUUAUCCUGCGACCACAGCUAGACAGCGUGGGAUAUCUAUCUAUCCGUGUUGACCAGUUUGUUCUUUCAGCCACAGUGACUCCCGGGCUGUCAUUUUCCUUACUCUUUCUGACUUUGCUUUCUCCCUCUGUCCCGUAUCGUGGUUGUGGAGAGGACGAGUCCUCGAUUUCCUCACUCUCGAUAUUCCGUAGACCUUGUGAAACACCCUAAUCAUUUUCUCUGUUCUGCCCGGGAAGAAUCACUUCAUCAUGAGUUCCAGCAUUCCUCCAUGGCGUGCUGGAGCACCGGCUGUGACAACGACCUCUUCCUAUGUUGGAAAUACGUCUCCGGCAUAUAUUCCUGUUCAAGCUCGCCGUAACUUUGGCUAUUCCGCCGAUUCAUCUCAUACAAGCACAGUCUCGAAUGCUGCCGCCCAAUCUUCGCCGCCUCGCGCUCAACCUCCACCUGCAAAGAAAGUCGAAUGGCCACUUUCGGUCCGCAUGUAUGUGCAGCGCAGCUUCGUACCGGAGUACCAGAUAGCAGGGAUCAGCAGGCAAGAAAUGGAGGCGAAGCUGAAACAAGUGAUCAGCGAGGCUGCUGAGAGCAACAAGCUGGAGUCAAUCAACUGGGAUGCGUUGCCUCUUCCACAGGUUAUGAUUCAGAACGAACGCAAUAAGAUACUGACAAACCCUGCUGUGUCAUCAUGGACUACCUCGACCGGGUUUGCCUCAAGAUACGACACCCCGAGUGAUGAUCGCGCGAAGAAGAGAAAGUCAAACGACUACUCGACUGAGGAGGCAGACAGUUCCCCACCCUGGAGGAAGACUAACAAUCGCAAUAAUUUUGAAGAUCGCAUCAGUUAUUCCCCCAAUGACAAGCGACAACGAAUAGAUUACAGCCUAAACUCAAGUAAGUCCAAAGCUAAUCUGGAGAUCCGGAGGAAGCGGUUCGAAGAUUCCCGCGGAUAUGGAUCGCCACAGACCUCUUCUCGCGACGAGUCCCCUGCUGGGGGCCACCAAGGCCCUGUCGUUGGACGGUGUCAGAAUUUGGAGAAGAACUACUUCCGCUUGACUUCGGCUCCUAACCCGGAUACCGUCCGUCCCUUGCCGGUUUUGGAGAAGACCCUGGACUUGCUCAAGAAGAAGUGGAGGAAAGAAAAUAACUAUGGUUAUAUCUGUGAUCAAUUCAAGUCGUUGCGGCAAGACUUGACAGUGCAACAUAUCCGGAAUGAAUUCACUGUCAACGUCUAUGAGAUCCAUGCUCGGAUUGCCCUGGAGAAAGGAGACCUUGGUGAGUAUAAUCAGUGUCAAACGCAACUGCGGGCACUGUACGCACAGAAUCUGGGAGGACACCCGACGGAAUUCAAGGCGUAUCGCAUUCUCUAUUUCAUUCAUACUCGCAACCCGACGGCUAUGAACGACGCAUUGGCAGAUCUAACCCCAGCAGAUAAAUCUGACCCCGCUGUCAAACAUGCCCUUGAGGUCCGCUCGGCCCUUGCACUUGGGAAUUAUCAUCGGUUCUUCCAGCUCUAUCUGGAUACGCCGAACAUGGGAGCGUAUCUCAUGGACAUGUUCGUUGACCGGGAGCGACUCUCUGCUCUUGCAUGCAUUUGUAAAGCGUACAAGCCGGACGUAAAUAUCCGUUUUAUUACUGAAGAACUAGGCUUCGAGUCCGACGAGCAAAGCGCACGCUUCAUCCUCGAUCACGCUCCAGAAGAACUCCUCCAGGAGAAGGAUGGCGGAGUGAAGCUCAUGACGGGUAAAGCAGGUCGUAUUUUCGAAGUGGCCAAAACCGAUGCCCACAGAGUCGUCGACAUCAAAGGACAGAUUUGAAAUUCGCUUAUGAAGCUAUUUCAAUCUACUGCCCGGAGCUAUUCUUAAAUCUUUCGUAUUCACCCUUUAGCGGCAUGCAUACCAGGCGGUGACAUCCGAAUUUCACUGUUUUCGCUUUCGCCUAUUCACUAUUCUUUUUCAUUCAUCGGUGACUACUCUUUCCGGUCACCCACUUUCUUCUGCGUCUGAGCGUACGACAUACCCGGUAUUGUCAGCAUAUCGGCGUCAUCCCUUGGCGAUGCAUGUUCUGUGGGUUCGGACGGUGUUGGCUUUGCCGUAAUUUCGCAUCUGAGAUUCCCCCGGGAGACCUGGCUAAUGAUACCACACGAGCGGCUGCGAUUGUGUUGGACAAUGUUCUGGUCUUUUUUUGCGUUGACUCUAGUGGAUAAAUACAUAGUAGCGUACAGCAGUUGCAUAUUGAAGUUAAUAAAUAUGAUCUUUGAACAACCCCG